CUGAAGCCUCUAAAUUUGACGCUUGUUAAGUCAUUGUUAAUGCUAGGAGCAGUGCUAUGACCAUAAUCAACGACGUAACAUGACGAAAUUAAAGUUUGUAUAAACGUCAACAGCUGUUUAUCUUAUCUAUUUUUGUGUGAUUUAACUGGAUCAAACACCACCUCCAUUAGUUCGUGAACUUCUUUCCAAAUAAGCAGAAGCAAGUAUUUUCACAAUGCCGAUAGUUUGCGAAAGUUACAAUGGAAAAACGGACACUUUAAAGUAUCGAACAGUUGAUAAAUUCAUCUACGCAUAUCCUAAACCGAAUCCUCAAACGCCAUUGGGAUCACAAUGGAAAUUUGAACCAUGUUUUCUACCGGUAAAGAGUCAAAAGUACAUGGAACAAAUCGAGAAUUUUAAAGUGUAUCCAAGUGACAUAUGGAGCAUAACAUUUCCGAAAAGUGGAUCAACCUGGUGCCAAGAAAUGAUUUGGAUGCUGAACAACAACUUGAAUUUUGACCAAGCAAAAGGAACGACAGCAUUCGAACGAUAUUCGUACGUGGAAUUUGAUAUCAUAUUUGAGGACAUGGAUUUCAACUAUUUGGACGAACCGGAUGACGAUACUGCCGGUCCAAGACAUAUUAAGACUCAUCUACCAGCUGGACUACUUCCAAAGCAACUUUGGACAGUCAAACCGAAAAUCAUCUACACAGCUCGCGGUGUUAAGGACUUGGCCAUUUCGUACUAUCAUCACUAUGUGUAUAUGCAGGGGUACGAGGGGAGCAUGGAACAGUUCUUGAACGCGUUUCUGGAUGACAAAGUUUUUUUAUCGCCAUAUCAUGGACAUGUUAAGGACUUCUGGUACUUGAGGAACGAGGAGAAUAUUCUGUUUUUGACAUACGAAGAAAUGAAAAGUGAUUUGAUGGCCGUUUUGAAGAAAACAGCUGCAUUCUUGGGAAAAUCUUACCCGGAAGAACAGCUGAAGCAAUUGGUGAAACAUUUAUCGUUCGACGAAAUGAAAAAGAAUUUCAGCGCUGAUUUUAGCGAGGAAGGUGCUGGUGGUCAUAGUUUCAUGAGGAAAGGGAAAGUUGGCUCCUACUUGGAGGAAAUGUCGGUGGAACUGAUUGACAAGUUCGACAAAUGGACUAAGAAAUAUAACGAAUUGAAUGCAACUGAUAUUUUGCCAUGAGAUUGUUGUGAACAGUGACAUAUGGAUAAUAAAUAAAUUUCGGAGUUUUGAUGAAUAUUGAAGUUAAUCGGUCGAUGUA